UGAAGAUUCCCAACAAUUGGCUCCGAUGCAGGGACCUACGGUUGGACUUUUCGACACUAACGUGACCAACUUUCAGCUUUUCCAGUCUAAGGUUAUUCUGCUCCUUGGGCCGUUUCGCUCAAGUUCGUGGAUCACCCAGUAUAAGAAGCUAGAGGAGAAGGAGAAGGGUUCCGGAGACUGUGUAGUUCAGAACACCGUGUACGCCCAUGUCUCAGAGGAAUUGUUUCGGUCAGGCUACAUUAACACUAAAGACUCUACUAAACUGCCUAAGUAUUUGGACGCUGUGUGCGAGUUUCUAUAUUCGGCAGCUUAUCAUGUGAGUAAUGGACUCACACUCACUUCUAUGUCGAAUCGCAGUGAGCUGAUUGCGUCUUUAGAGUUGGCCUUCAAUGAGAAUAUUGGGAGCCGAACUGUUACCCCUGCUAUUAAGGAGGAGCGUGUGUUAACUACAUCGACCACUCUGCCAAGGGAUUCAACUAGUUGUCCGCUCUCUUUGAAGGACUUCCGGAAAGAGUCUGAUAUGGCCGAGAAUCUUCGUGAAAUUGCCCCGUUCAAAGGCGAACGGGACCCUCGGUCUGCUACACGAUGGCGACGUGAAGUUAAAGAUCAAUGUGAUCAUCUCGCGUCGCCUAUCGUUACCUUUUAUUAUGCUAAACGAAGUUGUGACCCUGCUGUUUGGAAGAAGCUAUGGUUCGAUGAUAUGCGUGAUAUUCCUCGAACAUAUGAUGCUUAUUCCAGUGCGAUUUCGACAGUGUGGACUAGAGCGACUAAUUACGACUCCCAGGUGACACGAGAAAUUUUGCUCGUGAAUUGGGUCAAUCUGAAGCAGCGACGAAAUGAGUCUGUGGCCGACUUCGCUGAGCGACUAAGAGAUCUGCGUGCUGAACGUGAACUACUGGAUAUGGCACCAAAAGAUGAUGAAGUCAAGGCCAUUCUCCGACGAGGACUGAAGAAUCCAAAGCUCGCUUUAUGGGCAUUGGAUCGUACUCAUCUGAAGGUCGACCAGUUCAUCUCUAAGAUCAUUAGUCGAGAAGAGAAGAUGAAUCGGCUUGGUAUUUUUGGUAGGAGCAGUGACUCCUUGAACCGAAAGACUGAUGACAAAGGUAGAGGCAAGUGCAAAGCAUUUGCGAGCACAGGUGCCUGCCGUUUCGGCGAUCGAUGUAAGUAUGCUCAUAUCAAGGACACGUCAUUUGGUGAACCGACGCGUCCUAAGGAUACUUCUGAUACUGGUCCAACUUCUACUGUGACUACAGCGCCUAUCUCGAAGCCGACUGGUGAUGCUACUUCGUCCUCGCCUUCUACGACUCGGAAAAUGAUAUGUUACAAGUGUCGACAAGAAGGGCAUAUUUCUAAAAAUUGCCCUAUGCAGAAUCCUGUGGCUGAUAAUGCGACCGAUCCUCUCAAGGCAGUGACCGUUGACUAUGUGGAGCCUAUUCGAAUUUUCGACUCCAUGACAGUAGAUUUUAAGGUCGCAUCACCUGCCAAUGUAGCUCAGAGUUGUCCUUUCAAGGCCUUGUUGGAUACUGGUGCGAAGCGUAACUACAUUGAUAGUAUCCUGGCUGAAGAUAUAUGUUCUCGUUUGUCGACCACUAUCGCCGACCUUCCUACUACUCAUGUAUCAUCGCAGGUAGAUGGUACGACUCUUAAGGCUACUAGAUGCCUUAAGUUAUAUCUCUCAACAGUUAAUCCGGUGUUGGGUGACCCUAUUCUACAAUUUCUGGUAUUAGAGAAGUUGAGUCCCAAGGCCAUCGUUGGCCUAGACGGUAUGAAGCGUCUAGGCACUGAGAUUGUCCUUGACGAUAAGAUGAUGGUUCAGUUUAAGCCUCCGAGGUUGCCCAAAUUGAAUAAUAUUGUUCAAGAUUAUCACGGAGACCUUGUGGCCGUACUCGAUGAUGGUGAAGAUAUCUGGUCGAACCAGACUCCUUUGAGCUCUACUGUGUGCCAGUCUCCCAGUGAUGGUAUUGCGUCAAUUGAAGAGGAGAUGUCUGUAGACGCUGCUAUUGAUAAGCUCAAGAACUGGCAAUCGGUGAAUAGUGCUCCUGAUUAUAAGAUGAGGGUCCGAGAGUUAGAUGACGAUGAAGACCGUGACGUACCUCAACAACGUUAUUGCUUUGAGUUAUCGAUUCCUAUGAAGGAGAAUGGUAAGAAGAUCCGCCAACAACAGUACGACUAUUCUGGUGCUAUGAUUGGUAAGCUGAAACCUGAAGAACGGGAAAACUAUAAGAAUGAGAUUGAUGGCUAUAUAAGGGCUGGUUAUUGGCAGGAUCUGGAAGUAUCCCCAUUGCCUCGACGUUAUAACUGUGCAAUCUCUGAUCUUCUUCCAGUGGUAGUGUUCCCCGUCAAGCAAGAGGGGCGACAUACUCGUAUUCGCCCCUGUGCAGAUGCACGGGGGGCCAAUGAGCAAUCCCCCCGUGCUUCUUAUCGUGGUGGUUGUAUAUCCUCUAUCCUUCAGCAUAUUAUGAUUGGCUGGCGUGAAGGUUUCUGCGUGCAUACCCGAGAUGUGAAGAAGGCCUUCUAUAAA